UUCAUGUGCUCCUCCUAUUAGCUAUACUGCAUGGACAGUAUUACCUCAAUUUGUCUUCAUAACAUUGUCCAUUAAUUGAUACAUGUACAUGUGCUCUGUUGAUGGUUGUAUUUCUUACAAGUUUUCUUCAGUUGAAGAGGAGUCUUCAAGCUACCAUGACUAUCAAGAGAUAAGAAUGCAGGAACAUGUACAAAAGCUUGGGAUUGGAUAUAUUCCAAGGUCUGUCUGGGUUGUGUUAGAGAGGGAUCUUGUGGAUUCUUGUAAAGCUGGAGAUGAUGUUAUUGUUACUGGUAUUGUCAGACAGCAGUGGAAAUCUCUCAACUCUGGUAGUACGUGUUU